AUGACCUCCAGUACAGACAUGAAGUCAGGUUCCGUGUUACAGUCCAGCGGCGAGGACAGGAGACGAGGUCCGCUGGACCAACUUCCACCACCGGCUAACUCUAACAAGCCCCUUACACCAUUCAGCAUUGAGGAUAUUCUAAACAAACCCUCAGUUAAGAAGUCGGUGGCAAAUCUGUGCCCCCCUCGCGCAGUGGAGAAAAUGACCGGCUCGAGUGCAGCUCGGAACGGUAUCACCACUCCCUCUUCACCGUUAUGCGCUCUGGAGGAGCUAGCCAGCAAAACUUUUAAAGGUCUGGAGGUCAGCGUUAUACAAGCGGCAGAAGGACGCGAGCAUCUGAACGCUUUUGGCCAAAGACAGGCCUCUAAAAAGCGGCGGAAGUCCCGUACAGCUUUUACAAACCAUCAGAUAUAUGAACUGGAGAAGCGAUUUUUAUAUCAGAAAUAUUUGUCACCGGCCGACAGGGACCAGAUAGCACAACAGCUGGGCCUGACUAACGCGCAGGUCAUCACUUGGUUUCAGAACAGACGAGCAAAGCUCAAGAGAGACUUGGAGGAGAUGAAAGCGGACGUUGAGUCCCUCAAGAAAAUUCCUCCACAAGCUUUACAAAAACUGGUGUCCAUGGACGACAUUGAGGAUCCCCAGGGAGGUUCAGGGGCAAUUUCCCCCAGUUUAUCCCCGUCCUCGCAUGGCCACAGAGCGUUUCCUCAGUCCCCGUCCUCAUCCAGAGGCCAAACCACAGACGAAUUCUCAGAGGAAGAUGAGGAAAUUGAAGUGGACGAUUGA